ACAGGAUGCAGGGUUCGUUGGAGAGCGAGAUGUAGUCCAGUCCAGGCAGAACCUUCCAGGUCUUCAAUCAAACUCUUGACUCAAGAUGACCAAGUAAAGACUCUGGAAUAUAAAAGAAAUGGACGUGUGUUUGCUCGAGUUCCUGGAGUCUCGCAGCACAUGCCCCUGAGGAGCCGCAGAGGUUUAUGGGAAAUCCGGGACGCUGCCACUGAGGAUUUUGUCGGCCUUAAGGGAGGCCUUCUUUCCACCGCUGUGUGGUGUGCCACCGUGACACCAUGGCCAAAAACUCGUAUCGAGGAUCAAAGCACGCCAAGGCGGCGGAGGCCAAUCAUGACGUUGAUUUUGGCUGCUCGCUCAAAGACCUGCGCUCUCUCAUGGAACUCAGAGGGGGCGAGGGCAUACAAAGGAUCCAGGAGACGUACGGAGAUGUGCACGGACUCUGCAGCCGGUUGAAAACCUCCCCUGUAGAUGGGUUAACUGGAAAUACGGAGGAUAUCAAUAGAAGAAUAGAAGAAUUUGGGAAGAACUUCAUACCUCCAAAAAAGCCAAAAACGUUCCUUCAGUUAGUAUGGGAAGCAUUGCAAGAUGUGACUUUAAUUAUUCUAGAAGUGGCAGCCAUAAUUUCACUAGGCCUUUCAUUCUAUCGACCUCCUGAUGCAGAAAGAGAACAUUGUGGGAAGGCGGCCGGAGGGGUUGAGGACGAGGGGGAGGCCGACGCAGGCUGGAUCGAGGGGGCCGCCAUCCUCCUGUCCGUCUGUGUGGUGGUGCUGGUGACCGCCUUCAACGACUGGAGCAAAGAGAAGCAGUUUCGUGGCCUCCAGAGUCGCAUCGAGCAGGAGCAGCGCUUCACGGUGGUCCGCGGAGGACAGGUCAUCCAGAUCCUAGUGGCUGACAUCAUAGUCGGCGACAUAGCACAAAUCAAAUACGGUGACCUCCUUCCCGCGGAUGGAGUGUUAAUCCAGGGCAACGAUCUGAAAAUUGAUGAAAGCUCUCUCACUGGAGAAUCAGACCAUGUGAAGAAGACACUAGAUAAAGACCCCAUGCUGCUCUCAGGCACCCAUGUCAUGGAGGGCUCAGGGAAAAUGGUUGUGACAGCUGUGGGUGUCAACUCCCAAACAGGCAUAAUUUUCACCCUGCUCGGGGCAGGAGAUGAUGAUGAUGAUGAUGAUGACGAUGAUGAGGAGAAGGCGAGGAAAAAGAAAGAGAAAGAAGAGAAAAAGAAAGAAAAAGAGAGGAAAAAGAAGGAAAAGAAAGAUAAGAAAAACAAAAAGAAUGAAGGAGGGGAAAAGAAGAAAGGCAAGGAUGGCGUUGAGAUGCAGCCCCUCAACAGUGACGAUGGAGCAGAAGGCGAGGAGAAAAAGAAAGCCAACCUACCAAAGAAAGAGAAAUCUGUGCUACAAGGGAAACUAACCAAAUUAGCUGUACAAAUCGGCAAAGCGGGCCUUUUGAUGUCAGCCGUCACGGUCAUAAUCCUAGUGGCGCUCUUCCUGGUGGACACGUUCUGGAUCCAGGGCCUGCCUUGGAUCAAAGACUGCACUCCUAUCUACAUCCAGUUUAUUGUCAAGUUCUUCAUCAUUGGCGUCACUGUGCUUGUGGUGGCCGUGCCUGAAGGACUCCCACUAGCUGUCACCAUCUCACUGGCCUACUCUGUCAAAAAAAUGAUGAAGGAUAAUAAUCUUGUGAGACAUUUGGAUGCCUGUGAAACUAUGGGCAACGCCACUGCUAUAUGCUCGGACAAGACUGGAACCUUGACCAUGAACAGGAUGACAGUGGUGCAGAUUAAUAUUGGAGACAGGCAUUACAGAAAGGUCCCCGAGCCAGAUCUUAUUCCUGGGCAGAUCAUGGAGCUACUCAUAACAGGCAUCGGCAUAAACUGUGCAUACACCACCAAAAUUAUGUCUCCUGAGAAGGAGGGCGGAUUACCACGCCAAGUGGGCAACAAGACCGAAUGUGCCUUGCUGGGGCUCGUCAUGGACCUGCGACGAGACUACCAAGCCAUCCGUAAUGAGUAUCCCGAGGAGAAGCUCUACAAAGUCUACACCUUCAACUCCGUCCGCAAGUCCAUGAGCACCGUCAUUAAGAAAUAUGACGGAGGAUACCGCAUGUUCAGCAAGGGAGCGUCGGAAAUCCUUCUGAAAAAGUGUUGCAGAGUGUUGACAGGCACAGGUGAGCCCAAAACAUUUAAGCCCAGGGACCGAGACGACAUGAUGAAGCAGGUCAUUGAGCCCAUGGCGUCCGAAGGCCUGCGCACCAUCUGUCUGGCCUACAGGGACUUCCCCAUCUCGGACGGAGAGCCCGACUGGGACAACGAGACCGACAUCCUCACGGCCCUCACCUGCAUCUGUGUGGUGGGCAUUGAGGACCCAGUAAGGCCAGAGGUUCCUGAUGCCAUCAAGAAGUGUCAGCGUGCUGGUAUCACUGUGCGCAUGGUGACCGGGGACAACAUCAACACGGCACGGGCCAUCGCCAGCAAGUGUGGCAUCCUACAUCCAGGAGACGACUUCCUGUGCAUCGAGGGCAAAGAAUUUAACAGGCGGAUUCGGAAUGAAUUAGGGGAGAUUGAGCAGGAGCGCAUUGACAAGAUAUGGCCGAAGCUACGAGUACUGGCUAGAUCCUCACCUACAGAUAAACACACUCUUGUUAAGGGUAUAAUUGACAGCACAGUUAUUGAGCAAAGGCAAGUUGUGGCUGUGACAGGAGAUGGAACCAAUGAUGGCCCUGCACUGAAAAAAGCUGAUGUUGGAUUUGCAAUGGGCAUUGCUGGAACAGACGUGGCCAAAGAAGCCUCAGACAUCAUCUUGACAGAUGAUAACUUCUCCAGUAUCGUCAAGGCUGUGAUGUGGGGGAGGAACGUCUAUGACAGCAUAUCCAAAUUCCUGCAGUUCCAGCUGACAGUCAAUGUGGUGGCUGUGAUAGUAGCCUUCACAGGAGCCUGCAUCACUCAGGAUUCUCCCCUGAAAGCCGUGCAGAUGCUGUGGGUCAACCUCAUCAUGGACACUUUUGCCUCUCUGGCUCUGGCCACAGAGCCGCCCACGGAAUCCCUGCUGCUGAGGAAGCCCUAUGGCCGCAACAAGCCCCUCAUCUCCCGCACCAUGAUGAAGAACAUCCUGGGCCACGCUGUCUACCAGCUCACCAUCAUCUUCACUCUGCUGUUUGCUGGUGAGCAGAUCUUUGACAUUGACAGUGGCCGAAAUGCUCCACUGCACGCCCCACCCUCAGAACACUACACCAUUGUGUUCAACACCUUCGUCAUGAUGCAGCUCUUCAAUGAGAUAAAUGCCCGCAAGAUCCAUGGCGAACGCAAUGUCUUUGAAGGAAUAUUCAACAAUAUGAUCUUCUGCAGCAUUGUCUUUGGCACAUUUGUCAUCCAGAUUGUGAUUGUGCAGUUUGGAGGGAAACCUUUCAGCUGUGUGGGUCUGAGCAUGGAGCAGUGGCUAUGGUGUGUCUUCCUGGGCUUUGGUUGCCUCCUUUGGGGUCAGGUGAUAUCCACCAUUCCUACGAGUCGGUUGAAGUUCCUGAUGACGGCGGGCCACGGUACACAGAAGGAUGAGAUUCCUGAGGAGGAGCUGGAGGAGCUGGAGGACCAGGAUGAGAUUGACCACGCUGAGAUGGAGAUGCGGCGAGGUCAAGUGCUGUGGUGCAGAGGCCUGAAUAGAAUCCAGACACAGAUCCGUGUUGUCAAUGCAUUCCGUACUGACAAUAUGUCUCCAUAUGAGGGUCUGGAGACCCCGGAGUCCCGCAGCUCCAUCCACAACUUCAUGACCACUCCAGACUUCCGCAUCGAGGACUCGGAGCCACAGAUCCCACUAAUCGACGACAUCACCCUCGAGGAGGAUUCCGCUCCGACCAAGCGCAACGCUGUGCCUCCCCUGCCUAAGCUGCCCACCUCACCCAACCAGAACAAUAACGCCACAGAGCGGUUACCGCACCUCUACAAGGAUGCUGUCAUCCCCCCAACACCUGGCAGUCCCUUGCACAGCCUCGAGACUUCACUCUAAACCAGGGACACAGACACACACAGGAAGCCUCUCCCCGAACCCCACUGCAUUCCAGAAGAGGACGUCUGGGGAACAUUUUAGAGGCUAUGUUUGAAUUUCUGCACUAAGUACAUAUUUCACACUGAACCCUCUGUCUGUGUUUGUGCAGAAGUUGUGAUAACCGUUGUUUAUUUUUCACAGUUUUCCUUCACAAAGCUUUCCACAGAUCUCACAUAUGCCCCAGGAUAAUUAAUGCUUAGAAAAAUCUAUUGUCUCCUCAGUUUGGAUUUCACUGGACUGAGUCAGACUUUGAGGGAAACGAUAUAUGUUAAAAGGUGCAUGCAAUAUCAGAUUUUUAUACAGCACAUACCGCAUAUAGUGAAAAAAGGUUUACCAAAUACGUCGGAAAUGAAGACAUGAAAUACAGAAACAAGACGUGCUAACAAAAGAGUGAUUUAUUGAACACAUUCCAUGAAAAUUAUAAAUUGUUGAGUGCAGAAAAAUCACGCCCUUUGUAUAGUUCUUAAAAUGGGGUUUGAUUUUCUUUUGACUGUUCAUUGUUCAUCAUAUUACAAGUUUGUUUACAUGAAUAUAGAUAUUUUUUCAUUGUCAGUGGAACAUGAUGUACAAAUAUGGUGUAAAGUGAAGAUUAGGUGAGUAUUUUAGCCGCUGUAUUUUAGGGAAACAGACAUCUGCACUACUUUGCCUAUAAGAUGUAUUUGAUAUUUAUUUUAUAGAUUUAUACAGUAGUACCAGUACGGUAGUGGUGACCAAUAAUGAUGUGAUCUGUUCAGACAUAACUGGAAAAAGUGUUAGUGCCCUCUCUCUAAACAAAAGUAUAUUUUAGUAGACUACUAAGUUUGAAAAAUUCAUAAAGUGAAGGAAUUGUUUAAUUGAGUGUUCAUAUAUCAUACGGAAAUUACCAAUUCAAAUUCCAAUUCCUCUGUGACACUAAAACCCCACAAAGAAAUUCAUGACAUCUGGGAAAGAGGGUCAAUAUUGGACAAGUGAUGUUUGUUUGGUGACUUUCAAACUAGUUUCUUUUUGCAAUUUGGGGACAACUAUCAGUAACAAAGAAGAAUUACUUCUGUACUCUUACUCUAAAGACACCUUAAAUGAAUGCACCACAAAGAUCUGAUUCUGAUUCAGUAAAGGUAUUUGGCUGCAUAAAGCCACCUUUUGGGUGACCUCCACACAGAUGAAUGUGUGAAACGCAUGCUUUGUAUUUUUGUAGAAACACCAACAAUAUUCAUAUUUCUGUUCGUAAGCAGGGCAUAGUCUCUGUGAGACAGUUAUGAAGCAAGGGUCUCUGCAUCCAAACAUUAGCUCAAUUGCGUUUAGACCAUUGACAUCUAGCCUGUUUUGAAUUUCAGAGGGCUUUUUGUGCAAGCCCUAUUUUCAAAAAAAGAAUUGUGUGAUACUCGUCAGGAAAAAGUUUCAGAAGGUCCACAAAGAAAGGAAGCAAGGACAUCUAUGGGUCAUUUUUGUUUGUCUUUCAGUAGUUUCAUUUCUGUUCAAGAAAUGAAUGUUUAUCUGUUCAUGGAUUGAUUUUUUUAUUAAGUAAUAUUUGGUAAGUGAGUAAAAUGUCUGUUUCAUGAGCAAUGGAAAUGGUUUUGUGAUUCAGUUUACAGUUGGAAGUUGUUCAGUUGUGUAUGUUUUUUUGGAAAUAAAAUAUUCAUAUU